GAAGAAUCCGUCUGUGCUGCGGCCACUGUGUAGUAGAAGUGUGCAGUGGCGCAGUAGAAAUGAUGAUUCAUUAAAAACACCAGCGGUUCCCCCUUUUUUGUUUACCAUCGGGUCUUCGUGUACAUCCUUUUUCCACUUAAUUUUUUUGGGAUCAUCAUGACCUUUCUAAGCAACAUUGUAACUAGUAACCUAUUCAAAAUAAAGGAUCAAACACCUCGGAUUAUCUCUAUCGCCAUCGCUACGGCUUUGACUCUCUAUGGCACAUACUCUAUUGCCACGAGAAAUUCAAGGAGAACGAUACCAGCUGGAUUGAAAGAGUUCCCUCUUGUGCCGGGCGGUCUUCCUUUUUUCGGUCACCUUUUCCAGGUUCCGGAAUUAGCAGCGCUCAAGUUUGACGAAUGGCACAAACAGUAUGGACCUGUAUUCCGGAUAAACAUGGGUGGCAAAUCAUGGGUUAUUAUUGCGGAUCCUGAUGUAGCCCAUGAUAUUCUCAAAACCAAAGGGGCAGUUACGGCAGGACGUCCAUACAAUCUUUUCAUGUUUAAAUAUUAUGCCCUUGGGGAGAAGGGCCUUGGCUUCACCAAUCCCGAUAAGCGAUGGAAACGAAAACGCGCAAUAGCACAAGCCAUUCUUGCACCAAAAGGUGUGGCGAGUAAGUCCCAAGUCAUGCAAGAAGAAGCUGCUCGUAUCGCUGAGCUUCUGAUCAGUGAGACGGUCAGAAAUGGCAAGAUCAAUGUUGUAAAAGCCAUGCAACUCGGUGGGCUCAAUAUCAUCAUGCAAACAUGUUUUGGUAAAUGUGUUGGAUCAUUGGAAGAUCCUUUGGCCGAUGAUAUUAUCGAAUGCAUUACCACGUCGAACAAAUUGAGCGCUCCCGAAGCCGAUAUACAAACAUUCUUACCAAUUUUGGGAACGAUAUUACGUACUUUUACAUACAACGACAACAUGAAUUAUAACGAGGAGUACAUGCGCAAAUUUAUAUACGAAAAACGGAAUCCUCUGUAUCAACGUUUAAUCCAGGAAGCCCUCGAGAGUGACAAGGAAUGUUUUCUCAAAGAGAUAUACAAAGUCAAGGAUGAGAACGAGCUGGAUGAUGACGAUAUGAUUGUCUUUAUGGUUGACCUCGUAACAGCCGGAGGAGAUACGAUAGCCAUCUCAUUAGCUUGGAGCUUUCUCAUUCUGUCCCACCAUCCAGAUUUACAAAAGCAACUUCAUGACGAAAUCGAUUCGUUUAUCACCAAAAAGGGCCGGCUACCAACAUAUGAUGAAAGAGAAGCUUUCCCGUUAUUAAUUUCAGUACAAAAAGAAUGCAUACGCUUUCGACCUAUUAGUCAUCUCGGUGUUCCGCAUGAGUGUACAAAAGACUUCGAGUACAGGGGACACUUCAUACCGGAAAAAACGACGAUCAUAUACAACACCUAUUCCUUGAACUUGAAUGAGGAUAAAUUCAGCAACCCAAAGGAGUUUAACCCAAAAAGGUACCUAGAGGAUUCUCGGUCGUUGAACGCUUCUGUGAAUGGAAAUGCAGAGAACCGCGAUCAGUUUGUCUUUGGAUGGGGAAGGCGUAUAUGCCCUGGAGUACAUAUGAGCGACGUAGAAAUGUUUUACUUUUGGACUCGCAUCUUGGCAACUGCAACAAUUGAGUCACCCUUAGACAACCAAGGCCAGCCGCUUUAUCCAAACCUAAACGCUUAUCACGACGUUGGAGUUGCCGUUGAACCCUAUGACCAUCAUCUUCGUUUUGUUAAGAGAACUGAUGAACGCUAUAGAGAGAACAGUACAGCUCGAUCCUGCUGGCCUAAUUCAUCAACCUUGUGUUGAAGAUAAACGCAUACAUAGUACACGAAACUAUUCACAGAGCAAAUAAACAUGCCCUUCCUCAUGGACAUAUUUCCGUGUCACGUAUGAUAUACAUUUCUCCUGAUUAUUUCAAAGUGGAGAUAUAGCAGAUGUAUGAACUCUUGUAGGAUUAGCGGUGGGAAACAGAAUCUGAUGAAAACAUUGUGCUGCUGUCUUAAAGUAAAACAUCAUAAGAGCUGGCACAUUUGGUAU